CAUCUGUCAUUUGUCAGUUAACUGUCGAUCAGUUUUUGCGGGUAAAAUCGUAUGGAUAAGUUCAAUUUGUGUGUAUUUUUGUUAGAAAAGUGAAAUGAUAUUGAUUUAAUUAUAUUUAAAAUGAACGAUCUGCAAAACAUCAUUGAUCGCCAGCUGGGAAUAUAUUCCCGGUUCAACUACGAUAAUAUAUUGAAGCGAUUUGUAGUGCACAGCGAAGAAUCGUAUUAUGGACUACAAAAUGCUGCGUUACCAGCUACCUUUGACCAGGAUCCUCCUAUAUUUGCCUGCCGUUUCUCGGAGGCUUCUGGUUACGAACAUAUUCUUGCCCUGGCUAACGAAGACGGCCGGGUAGCUAUACAGGAUACUUCUACAAUGUCUAAAGCUAACUCGCUAGAGAGCUUUCAGUGUCACAACAAUGCAGUAUUCGAUCUAGCGUGGAUGCCUAAACACAUGAACUUUGUAACUGUCUCAGGUGACCACACAGCGUGUCUGUGGGACUUAUCGGAAGGGAAUCCUCGACGAGUGGCUGUGUUCUCCCACCACACGCGUUCAGUGAAAACCGCGGUGUUCCGCCGUUCUGCCCCCGCCGUUUUCGCGAGUGGGGCGAGGGACGGCCACGUGCUCGUGUGGGACGUGCGCUCCGCCCCAAACCCCGCACAGAUACUCAAACCGGACAACUGCCUCAUGAACUGCCACGCCAGCUUCACCCCCAAAACGCCCGGCUCUCACUCGAAGCGGCCCAGGCUGGACACGCACCGCGCUAUCAGCAUCACCGGCCUAGUGUUCCAAGACGACCUAACUCUAAUCUCCUGCGGCGAGUGUGACGGCAACAUCAAAGUGUGGGACUUACGCAAAAAUUACAACAUUUACAAACGCGAACCUCUCCCCAAACAUUCCAUACCCUACUGCGGGAGCUCCACGAAGAACGGAUACACAAACUUGAUAAUAGAUGACGCCGGAACCCGGCUUUAUGCCAGUUGCAUGGAUAACGUCAUCUACUGCUUCAAUAUAUCUACCUACAACUCCCUCCCUGAACAGAGAUACAUCGGACAUGAAAAUAGUACGUUUUACAUAAAAACUUGCCUCAGUCCAGAUAGCAUGUACUUGGUGAGCGGCAGCAGUGACAAGAACGCGUAUAUAUGGAACGUGAAGUACUCCGAGCCGAUCGUGAAGUUGGUCGGGCAUUGGGCGGAGGUCACUUGCGCUUCCUGGUGUCAGAAGGGAGAUAUGAAGAUCGUUACGUGCAGCGAUGACGCCAGACACAAGAUAUGGAGGAUCGGGCGGGAAGUCCCCGAAACCGACGUAGAAUAUAAGGGCAAGGCAGAGUUAGUCCCGCGAACUGAUGUGUCCCACCCCCCGCAGUGGGGCGCGUUGGACAAAACCCCCAAUUCGUUGAAACGCAAGUCCAUCACCACGCCGGGUUCCUACAGUGCGAAACGGGUGCGCGUACAAGACAAUGCUUCCGGCAAAAAAACCAAACGUUGCCUCACGGAUCUCAUGAACGCUUCUAAAGAGGACGACUGCGAAAUAGCGGCAAAACGAUUGAAACCAGACAUGCAAACGAUAAUGGAAGAUGAGGAGCCGAAACUCAUACCAGCGGGCACAAAACGACACAGAGAUUCUACGGAGAGCGGCUCUUGUAAGAGGAGGUGCCUCGAGCCAGACCCUUUACCGAGUGUGUCGAAUGACUGGGGCUACAUUGGCAAAGCGGGAUCCUCCUUCCUCACCCCAACGAAAAAUUACGAAAAGAAAUCCUGCAAAUUGCUAUCACCAAAAAGUCCAAAACCUAUCUCACCGAAUUCAGUCCCACAUAGAUCUCCCGUUAAAGUGUCCCCCGCUAAAGUCAGAAUAAUUUCCUUCACAACUCCCACCAAAAAUUUGCCCAAUUAUGUAAUGGAUGGGGAGGCCCCGCACUUGCGCUUAAUGUCACCGGUCAAGAAAAAGCAGGAUACGACAAAUUGGUUGACGCUCAUGGUUAGGGAGAGGAAAGGAAAAGGAGAGGUCGAUAAGACUCCCAUAGUGCAACUCCCAGCCAGUCCUAAAGAAAUUCCCGCCAGAAGAAAUUCCGCCACUGAAAAAACUCCAAAGCCAAACAAAAAUAGAACUUUAUUGAAAUAUUUUAGUGUUUCCAAUAGAAAGAAUGAAUUAGAAUAAGUGGUAAUUAUUGUUAUUUUUCUAGUACAACUACAUCUUGGGAUACUUAUCAAUAUAUAAGUGAAAUCCCACCCCUUAGGUUUAUUAGGUAUAUUAAAAAUUGAGUCCUGUCGUAUUUAAAAUGUUAAUUGUAUGUCUAAUCUAAUAAAUUGUAUUUGAUACACAAUGUGGUAAUGAAAGUAUGCUAAAUUAGUUCUUAUUUAUCAUGUACAUAACAUGAGAGAAUAUGGAAAGAAUUAUCCAUUUUACAUGUAUGACGCAGAUUUUUUGUGCAUA